AUGGAGUCCUUUUUCGGCAAGGCCAAGCCCUCGCGACCGGCCGUCGCCACCCACGUUACCGUCAAGAAGGUCGUCAAGCCGGCGGCCGCCGCUCGGCCCGCGUCCUCAUUCCACGCAGCGACAUCCUCUUCCUCGAGCUCCAAGCUGCACAGGGCUGGACCUUCGUCUCAUGGACACCAGUCGCACUCGCACUCGAGCUUGAGCGCUCGUCCCAAACCCCCAAGCUCUCGGGAUCGCGAUGGGACACCUCGGUCAAAGCCGACGUCGUCUCGUGGUCUGUCACCCCGUCUGUCGACCAGCGGCACCGCAUCACCAGCGCGCAAGCGUAAAGCGUCGCCUCAGCGUGUCCUCCCGCCGAGCGACUCGGAGAGUGAGAGCAGCGAUGAUGCUUUGGCGCCUAAACGCAAGCGGUUUGCGAGCGCAGGGGCCGUCCCCGACGCCGAGGAUGUGGACAUUGGACGCCCCGUCUUUUGCCCUUCCCUGGCCGACAAGCGUGGCGAGUGGGGUCGCGGAUACGCUGGCUUUGUGACGUGCGAAGAGGCACUAAAAGGUGUUGUGCAUGGAUGGGCAGGAGGCAACCGGGAAGUCAAGGAGAGUGCAAGAGAAAAGUACCAGUCCUACUUUCCCCAGGCCGGCUUUGAGAAUGCCGAGCCUUUACCAUCUGUCGAGCUGCGAUACCCGGGAGGAGCGAUGGAAAACGAGCUGGAAUCAGCAGUACCCUCCAGGUUGCACACUCCUACGCCCGGUGCGCUCACGACCCCACCACCCGACAGUGCGUCACCGACUCCUCAUACCCCGACAGAGACGAUAGGCGAUGCUUUGCGGCGUGCUCUGGCCCCCAACCGGCGUGAUGGCCCUGGUCUCGUCAAGGCAGUCCAGCGCCUGAACAGAGCGUUGGCGGAUAUCCAGCACGAUGGCACGCUGGCUGCGUGGUUGACGAGCCCCGAUUACCGCAUCUCGAGGCGAGAGUGGUCGGCCCUGGUGGACUUUUGCCACGAGCAGGCGUACACUCGCGUCGUUGCGCCCUUUGCGGACCAGCUGGAGCACCACCCCAAACACCCCGAAGAGGUGGCUCUGGCCAUCAGCGAGAAGGAAGACGCGUACGGCGAGCUGCGGCACAACUUUAUGAGCAAAGUGAUUGAGCAAACCAACCUCGGUCCCGAUCAUACGUUUGUUGAUCUCGGCAGCGGUGUGGGCAACUGCGUUGUCCAGGCUGCUGUGCAGGCCGGCUGCGCAAGCUACGGCUUUGAGCUGCUCCCCAUCCCAGCCCGAUGUGCACGUCUGCAGCUCCGUGAAUGCCAGCGGCGAUGGGCCAUGUGGUGCCUCGAGGGCAACCUCGCUGCCGAGGUGCAUGAGGGCGACUUUCGCCGCCAUCCAGAGGUCGCCAAGCGUCUCGCGCAGGCUGACGUGGUUCUUGUCAACAACGAGGUGUUCCCCUCCUCGCUCAACAUUGACCUCACCCACCUCUUCCUUGAGCUCAAGGACGGCGCAACCAUCAUCUCCCUCAAGCCGUUUGUGCCCGAGGGAUUCAGAAUGAACGAGUCCAACUGCGACUCCUUUGCUGCGAUUCUCCGCUCUGUUCCCCAUCCGUACUACUCGGGCUGGGUGAGCUGGAAGGCCGACUCGGGCAAGUACUAUGUCCAAGUGGUCGACCGCGCGCGUCGCCUGCGGUAUGAGGAGGAGAUGGCUGGCCGGCGUAAGAGGUAG